AAGAAAGUGGUCACCUCUGGCUAUGUAUUCGCAGUAGAAGGAAGGCUUCUUUAAUAGUUUUACGUGGAAGGAAAUCAACGUUUACCGUUACUAUUUCUUCUCUAGAGGAGAUAGCGUGGUAUCCAGCAUGAUGCACAUGUCGCUUCCUCCUUCGCAAAAAUUCUUGAUGUUUGGGAAGUUGGUUCUAUCCAUCUUAUUUGGUGGCUGUUGACGAGAAGCCAUGAUGAUUUGUUGGAUAAUAUGGACUGCAACAAGCGCUGGCCAAAUCCUAUGCACGCGAGUGAACCAGACACCCUAUCGUGCUACGACAAUAGGAUUGACGUUUGCAGUAUGUACCGUACCAUAUGUUUAUUGUAUGUAUAGUUCAAGAGCACAAUUCGAUGAUGCAUUGCGUGGCGACAGCCCCAAACUAGACCGGAUGAGCGAAAGCCACAAAAGAUGGCGUAGAAGCUCAUGCUGGCACACGGAUACAAAUCGACUACCCAGAAAAUCUAGUAUCAUUUACAUGUCCACCGCGGAUCGUACGGAGAAUUUCUAUUCCGUUGUGUGUGUUCUGCAUCAUGAGCCUGACGAAGCAGGUGAUUAGCUUUUGAAAAGCUAGACAGAAGAACGGUUUACAGUAAAGCACCAGUCUUUUUCAACAUAAUCGUGUGUGAUGUUGCCCAUGUCAAAAUCCAUAUGUUGACGAGUUUCAGAUCCUCACGAGAAGUUCCAUA